CCCUGACUGCUACUCUUUCUUGCCCCUCUCUCUCUCUCCCUCCCUUUCUCUCUCCCUCCUCUCUCUCUCUCUCUCUCUCUCUCUCUCUCAUUUCUCCCCCUCCGUGUGCUUGAAUAACUCUCCAUCUCCUCCGUGACAGCAGAUUUCAUUGCCAAUCUCUGUCUCCUUUGCAGGAAUUUCCGUGUGUGUGUGUGUGCGUGUGUGUGUGUGUGUGUGUGUGCGUGUGUGUGUGUGUCUGUGUGUGUGUGUGUGUGUGUGUGUGUGUCUGUGUGUGUGUGUGUGUGUGUGUGUGUAUGUGAGUGUGCGUGGUGUGUGUGUGUAUAUGUAUGUAUGUAUGUGUGUGUGUGUGUGUGUGUGUGUGUGUGUGUGUGUGUGUUUAUGUCUGUAUAUGUGUGGAAAAUCUAUAAUUCACUGGCAAGGCUUAAAAAAAGUCGCCCAUCAUCUUAACUGUUUGCAGGACAUGUUGACAACGACGCGGUCUGUCCUAUAAAGAGGGAAGCCUUCAGUGGUAAACAGAUGUCUGUGGUCACAGAUUGCCAAUACAGCUUUCAGAGCACUAUAAACAAGCCACGUGGGACACUGGUGUAACAAUCCAACAUGCAGAACAGUCACAGUGGAGUGAACCAGCUCGGCGGUGUGUUUGUUAAUGGUCGACCACUGCCUGAUUCGACACGACAAAAAAUUGUGGAACUUGCCCACAGUGGGGCUAGACCUUGCGAUAUCUCAAGGAUCCUCCAGGUGUCCAACGGUUGUGUCAGUAAGAUCCUGGGCAGGUAUUAUGAAACGGGAUCGAUCAGACCUAGAGCAAUCGGCGGAAGCAAGCCAAGGGUAGCGACUCCCGAGGUUGUGUCAAAGAUCGCUCAGUAUAAACGCGAGUGUCCGUCGAUCUUCGCCUGGGAAAUUCGAGACAGAUUGCUCUCUGAGGGGGUCUGUACUAACGACAAUAUACCAAGUGUAUCGUCGAUUAACCGAGUCCUUCGCAACCUGGCUAGCGAAAAGCAGCAAAUGGGAGCCGAUGGAAUGUAUGACAAAUUAAGGAUGCUGAACGGUCAGACAGGUGCAUGGGGUACCCGACCAGGCUGGUACCCCGGAGGCUCCGUACCAGGCCACCCAAAUCAAGAUGGUUGUCAGCAACAGGAAGGCGGCGGUGAAAAUACCAAUUCCAUCAACUCCAACAGCGAUGAUUCAGAUGAGGCGCAGAUGAGACUUCAGCUGAAACGGAAGCUACAGCGAAACAGAACAUCUUUCACCCAGGAACAGAUCGAGGCUCUGGAGAAAGAAUUUGAAAGAACUCAUUAUCCUGAUGUGUUUGCCAGAGAACGAUUAGCAGCCAAAAUUGAUCUACCUGAAGCUAGGAUACAGGUCUGGUUCUCUAACAGGCGAGCAAAAUGGAGACGAGAGGAAAAAUUGAGGAAUCAGAGGCGUCAAGCCAGCAACACCCCAAGCCACAUCCCCAUCAGCAGCAGUUUCAGCACCAGUGUUUACCAGCCCAUCCCACAGCCCACGACCCCUGUUUCCUCCUUUGCCACAGGCGCAAUGCUGGGGCGGGCAGACACCUCCCUGACAAACACUUACAGCGCGCUGCCACCCAUGCCCAGUUUCAGCAUGGCAAACAACCUGUCUAUGCAAUCGCCGGUGUCCAGCCAAACGCCGUCAUACUCCUGUAUGCUGCCCACCAGCCCGUCAGUCAACGGACGCAGCUAUGACACGUACACGCCGCCUCACAUGCAGACACAUAUGAACCCCCAGAGCAUGGGCACUUCAGGCACCACGUCCACAGGGCUCAUCUCCCCCGGUGUCUCAGUACCCGUUCAAGUGCCGGGCAGCGAACCAGACAUGUCUCAGUACUGGCCCCGACUGCAGUAAAGGGGAGAGUGGACACAGUCUGUGGCGAGUCGGACCCCCAGCAGUAUUUGUUUCCGAGAAGGAGACUCUGAAGGUAUCUUUGUUCUGGGACUACGGCCGAUACACCCACUUUGAGAAGAGUUAAUCGUGGGACGUCUCCUGCCAGACGUGUAAAGUCAGCGGAACAAACGUCUUAUUGUCCCCCCGCCCCCGAAAUUCUUCACUCGGUGUAUUAUUUGUAAAUGGGCAUUUCUGUAUGUUUCAAACCAGAACAACUUGAACUCGAUGGUACACGUAGGUCACGGGAAGAUUACAGGACGUCAUGGUCAACAUAGCAGUCACCAAUUAAGACCGCUAUCUAGUGGUUCUACCGCUACGUUGCAACAUUUCUAGACUUCUGGACUUCGAUGUUACCAACUCGUACACUAAAUAUUGGUCAAUUUUA